CCUGUGCGUGGCCAGCAGCUGACACGCCGGGGCCACCAGGGCCACCAGGACGGUGCCUGGGGCUGCUGGACGCGGGGUGGCCGGGCAGGGAUGGCCAUCAGGAGCCACCAGGGAGCACGGCAGGGUGGCCAGGCAGGGAUGGCCAUCAGGAGCCACCAGGGAGCACGGCAGGGGCAGCCAAGAAAGAAACCAAGAUGCUCCUUAAGCAAAGGAUCGCUGCCCAGGACCUGAUGGAGCACCGUGGAUGAGGGAUCCCCGCUGAAGGAGGAGCCAUGCACUAGGAGCCAGCACACCCCAGGGAAGAGCAGGACCUGCAGGAGGGACGGGACAUGCGGAGCCUCGGCUGCCUCCCCUGGGGACUCCUCCUCAUCCUCACCACCAGCAGCCACGGCUUUGCCCAGCCAGGCCGCAGGGUGUGCUCCGCGGGGCCGCCGAGCCGCCCCAGCGCCCACGCCGAGUCCCACGUGCAGCCCGUGUACCAGCCCUACCUCACCACCUGCCAGGGCCAGCGCCUCUGCAGCACCUACAGGACCAUCUACAGGGUUGCCUACAGGCAGAGGUACAGGCAGGCGCCUGAGCCCACGGCCUCGUGCUGUCCUGGCUGGAGCAGAGCAAACGGCCACGCUCUGGGCUGUAACAGAGCUCUCUGCUGGGAGCCGUGCCAGAACGGAGGGAGCUGCGCCUUCCCUGGGAGAUGCUCCUGCCCCCCCGGCUGGACGGGGCGAGCCUGCCAGACAGAUGUGGAUGAAUGUGCCAGCCAGAGCCACGGGUGCAGCCAGCUCUGCAUCAACACAGCCGGGAGCUUCCACUGCGCCUGCCGGGACGGCUUCAGCCUCGCUGCCGACAACAAGGGCUGCCAGCCCCUGGUGCCACCACCUGGGACAGACACCUCCAGCCAAGCAGGUCCUUCCAGUGAAAUGAAGGAAGAGAUGAAGGACCUGAGGAGCAGAGUGGAAGCACUGGAGCAGAAGCUGCAGCUGGUGCUGGCCCCUUUCCACAACCUGAUGCUGCCGGAGGAUGUCGGUGCAGACCCCAUCAGCCGCCUGUCCCACUCCCUCCAGCAGCUGGACAGGAUUGACUCCCUGAGUGAGCAGAUCUCGUUCCUGGAGGAGAGGCUGGAGACCUGUUCCUGCAAGAAUGAGCUCUAGCAGGGUGCCUGGGGACUUGGAGCAAGCUGAGUGCAUCCACAGCUCUUAUCUCUUAUCUCCAGGCUGGGGGUGAAGCCACACCAUCUCCAGGAAGGCACAGGGUAGCAGAGGAGGCUGGGCUCCCAGCAGCAUCUCCAUCCUUCUCUCUGCCAGCUCACCUCAGCACAGGGCACCAGUUCCUGCCAGAGUGGACUCUGAGCCCUCUCCCUGCUGGAGAGGCAGCAAAUAAAGGCCU